UUAACACUCAAAACAAAACUGAAGGUGUACCAAGCAUGCGUCUUGAGCACCCUACUCUAUGGCAGGGAAGCUUGAACUCUAUAUUCUCGCCAAGAGCAAAGACUGAAUGGUCACCUGUGCAGGAUGGAUGACGGUCGUAUCCCAAAGGACGUUCUGUACGGGGAGCUUGCCACAGGAAUACGACCAUCUGGACGGCCAACCCUGCGCUAUAAGGACGCCUGCAAGCGAGACUUGAAAACGUGCAGCAUCUGUCCGGCUGAUUUGGAAGCAGUGACAUCGGACCACGAAAAUUGGCGAUCCACCAUUAAGACUGGUGUCCUUUUAUCCGAAGAAAAAAGAGCAAUGCAGUGGGAGGAGAAGAGGACUCGCCGGUCUCGUUCAGCCCGUUCCCAUUGACAUCACCACUGCUUACACCUGUAGCAAGAGCCAGCGGUGCUGUCGCUCCCGUAUCGGACUCUACAGUCAUAGUAGAGUCUGCAACUAAACCACAGACUGACCUGGGUGCAGAUUCUAAACCAUUGUCUCUCGAAGACAGAAGGAUGCCAACAACCAACUAGAAAUACAUUUCUACUCGGCUUGACUUGGAAUGAAACUGCAAAUAAAGAUGUAGCGAUUUUGUUUGCAGUAGAGAAACUUGCUGUAAUAUUUUGUCUUUAUUUUCCCCUUAAAACAUAAUCAUAAUUUGAUGAACUUACAGUAUGACAACAUUUUAAUAUGAUAUCACUGUAUUAAUGGCUAUUCACAUUCUCCUCUGUAUAACACUAGUGCUUUUGUUAAUGGUUGUAUAUUGUGUAGUGUGGUUUGCUGAUUGCUGAUGCGGUUGUGUGUGUGCAUUAACUGUUAAUGAUGUUUAAUGCAUCUUUUUUGGUGUUUCUGGAGUUAAUAAAAGAAGCAGAGCAGCUCAUAAACACCAUCAUCUCCUGACGAGCAGCGUCUUCAGUCUUCAGUCUGAUUCCCGUGUGUGCAGUGAAUGAAGAGCUCUUUAAACACGGCAGUGGAAACUUGUGAAACAUCUGUCAGUCUGUGUGUUAUUCCACAAACUUCUGCUUUGACCUGCAGACCAAACACACACUCCUGUCAGUAACUGCCUGUGAAGACAAUGGGACAAAACACCAGCAUCAGCGGAUCAGGUGGAGGAGGUUAUAAUAUCAGCGGAUCAGGUGGAGGAGGUUAUAAUAUCAGCGGAUCUAGAGGAGGUUAUGAUGAAUGGAUCCGUCAAAUGAGGGAAUUUUACAGGAAACUUGAUGCUGCAGAACCAAUCAUUUUCAGGACCAUUGCCGGCAUUGAGAUUGUAGUCAUGAUCUUAACUCUGUGUGCGUUGUGUGCUCUUCUCAAAUCUCAGCGCUCCACUCCAGUGUUUGUGAUUCAUUUGAUUCUGUCAGAUCUCAUUCAGAUCAUUUGUAUAUUAACAUGGACAGUCACAGGGUCAGGGGAUGCAGAUAAUGCAUAUUAUUAUAGUUUGAUUGCGGGUCUGUAUUUUAUGGCAUGUGUUGCUCUUGAACGAUAUCUUCUGGUUUCUCAUCCUAUCUGGUACAGAUCUCAUCAUUCACUGAAAGUCUGCUGUGUUAUUUCUGUGAUCGUCUGGUUUGUUCCUCUGAUCUUUGUGAACUUUAACUCUAAAUAUUAUCUGUUUACACCUCUGUCCCGAGCGAUCGCCUAUUUAAUCCCCUACCCGAUAAUCAUUCUGUGUUUUAUCGGCACUUGUCGCGGUCUUUCACGCGCAAUAUCUCUUACUUCUGUAAAGCGCAAAAAGAUUUUGGGCAGUUUGUUCCUGGUGCUUCUGACUUACACUUUUCUCAUUCUCCCCAACAUAAUCAUGAUCAUUAUAUAUGAGUUUUUUAAUGAUUAUUAUCAUUCUUUCUAUGAUUUGCUUGUUAUAUUUUGGAGUUUGUCUGAAUGUCUCCUGUUCCUGAACCCGCUGGCUGACUGUGUCCUGUACAUGUUCAUCAGGCCUGAUGUCGGAGGGUUAAUGAAGUCUGUUCACUGCUGUUGUAGAACUGACACACAUCAGGAUUCGACACACACACGGGACGAACACUCUGGAGUCAGUAGUGCAGCGUUUGCCUGCUGUGUUUCAGUGCUAAAGCCUGCGUCUCAUUCACGGACCUGCACUUCAAUUUCAACAUCAUGAAGUCAAUGCCAUUCUGUUCACUCACACACCCGUCCUUUCUAUGGCAUUCAGCUUUAUUAGAGACAACUCUUGAUUCAUCAAUUGCUCCAUAAAACACAUGCGGUGAACAGAGUUUUAUUAAAGAUGUGUUGAUGUAGUGUUGAUGCUUCUGCUGGCGUUCUGGAUCAGCAGGACUUUAUCAUACGAUGGAGAGGAGGGUUGUAUAAAGCACGGUUUAUUCUCUCUUCAUUCCCCCGAUAGACUGACAGAUCAACAACAUCAAGUAGUUUCAGCUCGUAGUCUUGCUUGUGUUCCUAAUGCAUCUACAUUAUACUCUUUUACCUAAUAACUACUAAUCACGCUAUUAUUCAUCUAUUACUAAUGUAUUACAAAGAUGAUUCACUCAAAAACGGACAUAAUGUACAUAUGAUCAUGUCCAUCAAAAGAUGAAUAACUUUCUUUCUUCUGUGGAACAUUAAAGACAAUAUUGUGA